AUGAGAAGGCAGACCUUGUCAGUUCUUGCCUACCCACCACCUCAGAAAUCUGUCCUACGCCACUCAGAAACUCCACACUUGUACGCAGAGGGUGUGUUCCUCUUUGUCACCCGCCGGGAACCUCGCGCCGCGCGUGGGCGAGCGGCGGGCACCCGGCGGCGCGGUGGCAACCACGCCAGCGGCCACCUCCCCGGCCCGCAACCGGCCUCACGGGCCGAGAUUGCGGCCCGAGGUCCGGAAGCGGCGUCCGGCGCUGUCAGCGGGCGGGUAGGACGGGAGGAAGCGGGGGAAGGGCGCCAGGGUCGGGAGAGGCUAGCGGAGACCGGCAGCCCCAGGUCGGCGGAGGUGAGGGGAGAGGGGCGCAGGGGGCGGCGCGGAGCCCCGAGGCCCCCGAGCUCCUGCGAUGGUGGCCAGGGCUGCCCGGGCCCGGCCCGCCGCCCGACUACGCGGAGCAGGACCCCGGGGACCACGCGCCCACCUUCGCCCGCGGCCCCGGCCGUGCGCUGCGGGAGCCUGGACUCGCACAAGUUGCAGCCCGCGGCCCGGACCCCGCCGGCCCCCGCCCUCCCGCCGCGGUCAUUGUUCACCGCGCGCCUCCUACCUCCACAGCGCCGGCGGCUGCGGCGGCUCCCUCUCCCGGCUCGGGCUCCGGGCUCAGCGGCUCCCAAGCCUCCGGCGGCCGAGGGCGCGGCGGCGCCGGCUAUUAAUACCCGCGGGCGGCGGCGGCGGCGACGCCGGGGGCAGCGCCACUCGCGCAGGGAGGAGCGGCGCAAAGCGGGCGGCGGCCGCGUCCCCGCCCCGCGCCCCAGCCGAGCGCCCGCACCGCUGCGCCCGCGCCGGACCCGCCGCCUCCGAGGCCGGCGAGCGGGAAGUGCUGUGGCCGCCGCCCCUCCCCGGGUCUGGGCCGGCCCCUCGGCGGGGGGAGGCGGGCGCCGCGCAGCCCGAGUGGCGGGGACGCGGGAGAGCCACAGCCCCCUCCAGCGUCCGGGCCCGCGCCCUGCGCCCGCCCCGCUCCGCUCGGGCAGGUGCGCCCAGGGGCCUCCUGAGCCCAGCGCGCCACCGGGGAUCUGCGCCUCUCUUGGGCGUCCAGCCAGGGCCGGGCUCCGCGCGGCGCUACCAAACCGAGCGCGGGGAGCGCUACCGGCGAGACGCGAAUCCGGCCGCUGUGGCGAAAAACGAACCGGGGAGAGCGGGAGACGCGUGCACGGCGAAGCCGGGAGCGGCAGGCAGGCGGUCAGGGGCUCGGACUCUGCAGGUCGCUUUUUGAAGUCCUGCCUGGGGCUGCUUCGUCUGCGACGUCGCGCGGGGAGGACCGUCUUCAGGGACCCACCGAGCCCUCCCCUCCCCCGGAGCCACAGGCACGGGCUUCCGGCACCACCCCGGGCUGCACGGGACUUAAGCUCGGGGGAGCGGCGGCCACCCCGCGCCCGCCCACGUCCUGGGCCAGCGCCCUCCGCCCGAGCGAAUCCCAUGACAGUUCCCGCCCGCCCAGCCUCGGGGGACAGUGCUCUUGGGGAAUGGGUGGGGGAGGUUAGGAGUGGCUUGUGGUGCUUGAGUGCCUUUGGGGUUUCGGGAACUCCACGGAGCGGGGAGCAAGAUUCAGGACCCAGGAGGCAGCAAUCUAGGGGCACAGUCAUCGUCCCCACACAGCAGCUGCCGCGUUACCUUCUCCACCCCCUUCUGAGCCUCCAGUCCUUCUCUCUAAGCGUAGCGGGAAGAGGCCUAGGGCGCAGCAAGUGACGCUCUGCCAGACCCGGGGCUAGCGGAUUCCGGCCUUCGGAGGCCACUGGCUCAGAACCCUGGGCCUUUUGCGUCUUACAGGAGUUCCCUGACCUCAAACCCAGAGGGCGGAUUUCACGGGAGAGGCCUCAAGUGAACUCACAGCUGGACAGGAGCAGAAGUGGAGUGUAGGGACCCUGACAGAAGGGCGGGUUGAGACAAGAACAGGGGUCUUGGAAGUACGGGCGGGGGUGCUUGUGGGCAGCUCCCGGGGAGGAGCAGAGAUUUAACACUUGCAGAUUUGGUGGUCUGUGGUUAAAGAGAAGAAAUGGUGGGUUUGAGGCUUGGCUCUGUCAGCCCAACCAGCUGUGUGUCACAUCAGAUUUUUUUCUGCCCGUGAUUCUCUAAGUGUGGCUCUCAGACCACGACCAGCAGCAGCAGCCCCUGGAAACGUCAAGAAAUGAACACUGGGCCCCAUCCCCGACCUACCUAAUGAAACCUUAGCAAGCAGGGCUUGCUCAUCGCCUGCAGGGCUAAAGGACUCUCAGGCUCCAGCCCCAAAGCUGCCGAUUCACUGGCUGCCAUGUUGUAAGAUGUCCUAUGGAGGACCAACAGUGGCAAGGAACAGAGGGAAGCCUUACUCCAACAGCCCUGGAGGCACUGAAUUCUGCCAACAACCGUGUAAUACAGAAGUCCUUUCCAGCUGAGACUUGAAGUGAUGUCAGUGUCAUGAGGAACCCAAAGCCAGAGGACCCAACUAAGCAAUUUCUAGAGUCUUAACCCAUAGGAAGCAUGAGAUGGUAUAUAUUCAAGAGAAAUGAAAACAUGUCCACAAAUUCAUAUGAGCAUUAUUCAAAGUAGCCAGAAAGCAGAAACAACCUGAAAGCCCAUUAAAUAAUGAA